GACAAGGUGAGUACAAUUGCACCUGAUCAGCGGAUUCCGCUUUGGUUUCGUAUCGCAAGCGUCAGUCCAAACCCACUUAUUACGAGAGGAAUUCGCCACGGUGACCUAUAAAUCAAACGUAUCAAUUUUAAUUGGCUUUUAUUAAAAUUUCAUUAAAACGAUUCAUAGAGAUACGAUAGAGAGAAUUAGAGAAUGGCCGUUACUUUCUAUCGAUACAUCUAUUAGAGAUUUUCUACGUGUAUUCAAAUUAAUUUUAGCGCAACAAGAUGAUAAAUGAAGUAUAAAAAAUUGUGUAUUCCGUCCGCCUACACAAUAUUGCCGAAUGUGCACUAAAAAUGCAAUAAAAGGAUGGGGAAUCGGGUCGAAUCGUCUUAUUGUCAGUCGGCAUCGACAUCGACAUCGAAUCAACGAUAGUACGUUAUUAUUUUGAUCGAGUUUUACUGUUUCUGUAAAAACGAAAAGAGGGGCAGAUCAAAAUGGAUAUAUUCUUUCUCUCAGUUUCUGUUAUGUGUAUGAUAUCACUUGCAAACGCUGUCGCACUUUCGGGAGAGACUAAGCCUGAAAAAUUAUCCACGGGUUCACCGAAGGGAUCACGAUUCCGAGUAAACGUCGCGGAAGGAUCCGAUGUUGAUGACGUUGAGAGAACCGAAAGGAUAAACCGUGGAAUUGAAAAGAUAAUCGAGUUGGUGAAUAUUUUGAGCGACAUGGACAACCUGGUUUACGACAGAACGAAAAGCAUCAUUCGCAAGCUCAAUGCAAUUUACGACGUGGCCGAGAACGAGAGGCAUUAUUCUAAAUCGCGAUAAGGAAUCAUUUCUUUGCAAUGAAAUGAAGAAUAAAGAGAGAAAUUAAUUUAAUAUUUAUACCGAUAUUUAUAAUAUAAGCGUGCAUUUGAUUCUAAAUAAAUGACAUACACUUUUCUCUGCUCUACCUUCCCCCUUCCCUUAAUUUUGCAAGUUCUUUAUUGUAAAAGUGCGUUUUUGUCAAUCAUUAUUAUAUGUAUAUCAAGACAAAUAAAUAUGUUCUUUAACGUUUCACGUACGUAUAUCGUUGUAGUGUUGUACAAAAUAAAAUUAAUGGCAAAUAUUACUUGCCCACACUUGACAAAAUUGGACCCAGAUAGCAC